AUGCGUACUUCUCUGCUCCUCGCGGUCCUUCCGUCGGUGUUGUCGGCCCCCGCCGGGCGAUCUGAGCCUGCCCGACUCCUGUCCAGAGGUGAAGGUGCAGACGUUGUUCCAAACAAGUACAUCGUCAAGUUCAAGGACUCUGGCGCAAGUGCAUCUGUGGACAGUGUUUUGAGCACGGUUUCCGCAUCAGCUGAUCACGUCUUUGAGCAUGUCUUCAAGGGAUUUGCUGGCGAGCUCACGCCAGAGGCUCUAGAGAGUCUUCGCAACCACCCCGAUGUCGACUACAUUGAGCCAGACACUGUUGUCACUGUUGAUGGCUUUGUCAGUCAAGAGAAUGCCACAUGGGGUCUUGGUCGCAUCUCACACCGCGCACAUGACGGUUCUACAACAUAUGUAUAUGAUGAGAGCGCCGGAGCCGGCACUUGUGCAUAUGUUAUCGACACUGGAAUUGAUGUCAAUCACCCUGAGUUUGAAGGCAGAGCCACUUGGUUGGUCAACUUCGGAGAUGAUGAGGACACCGACGGAUUCGGCCACGGCACCCAUGUCGCUGGAACAAUCGGCUCCAAGUCAUACGGCGUUGCCAAGAAGACUUCCCUAUUCGCCGUCAAGGUCCUCGACAGGAACGGUGGCGGCACCACUGCCACUAUGAUCGCUGGCUUGGACUUUGUCGUAUCUGACGCAGCCACGCGUGACUGUCCCAACGGCUCAGUGGCCAACAUGUCUCUGCGCGAUACUCCUUCGGAAGCUCUCAACGCAGCCGCUGCUGCCCUGGUGACGAACAAUGUCUUCCUGGCUGUCUCUGCCGGCAAUGCCAACCGCGAUACCUCCAGCCAGUCUCCUGCGGCUGAGCCCACAGUGUGCACGAUCGGUGCCACCGAUAUCAAUGAUGUCCGCUCAACAUUCUCCAACUUCGGGCCAGGAGUCGAUGUCUUUGCCCCGGGUACUAACAUUCUUUCUACCCUCCCCAACAACGCUACAGGUUUCAACUCUGGCACAUCAAUGGCCACCCCCCAUGCUGCCGGCCUGGCUGCUUACCUCGCCGGUCUUGAAGGCUUCCCUGGUGCGGAUGCUCUCUGCACACGCCUCAAGGACCUUGCUACUCCUGAUAUCUUGACCGGCAUCCCCAGUGAUACCACCAACAAGUUGAUCUUCAAUGGAAACCCCAGCGGCAAAUAA